GUUUAUGUAAAAGUUCAAAUUCAAUUUUGAGAAGUUGAUAAAAACUUACAGUUUUUGCUUUAUCUAUUAUUUUGGUCCAAUUUUUCUCUGCUACCUGUAAAUCAUCUAAUAAUUCUUCCUUCAAUUCCAUUUUAUCAAACAUUUAGAAAAUUUCCCAUGAGGAUAUUAUAACCAUUACACGGUGGAAAUUUUCUGAAUAAAAAUGUGUGCCGCAACUAGUAAAGAAUUUCCAGAAGAUUCAGUUGAACAUAGAAUAUUAUCGUUUGCAAGGGAAAAUAUUACCGGAUGUACGGACAAAGAUUUGCAAGCCCAUAUGCCUGAUAUUGAAAUUAAAGACCGUGCAAAAGCUAUUAAUUCACUUUUACAGCAAGGUUAUUUUGAUUUAUUCAAGAAAGACGGUGUCUUAUUUUAUAAACUUAAGGAUAAUACACAAAAAACUGUGAUCAAAGGAGCGGAUAAUGAAGAGAAAGUCGUUUUUAGAAUUAUUGAAGAAGCUGGAAAUAAAGGAAUAUGGAUACGAGAUAUCCGUUAUAAAUCUAACUUAAUGAUGAUGCAAUUAAAUAAGAUAUUAAAAAGUUUGGAAACUAAGAAGUUAAUUAAAGCUGUUAAAUCAGUAUCGGCGAGCAAAAAAAAAGUCUACAUGUUGUACAACUUAGAACCAGAUUCAUCUAUAACUGGUGGAGCUUGGUAUCAAGGGCAAGAUUUCGAAUCAGAAUUCGUUGAAUUAUUAAAUCAACAAUGUCAUCGUUACCUGUUACAAAAGCGUGAAGAUGCUCAAACAACACCCGGUGGUCCAUACGCUGUACGAAAUAAAUGUUUUGCAUCACUUCAAGACAUUCAUAAAUAUAUCUCGGAUUCGGGAAUCAGUAAUGUUACGUUAUCUGCCGAUGACAUCGAUAUGAUUAUGAAUACGGUGGUCUUAGAUGGUAAAGCCGAGCGUAAACUUGCUGUGAACGGGACAAAAUUAUAUCGAGCUAUUGAAUCGUUAAUGCCCACGUCCAGUUUUGUGGCAUCACCAUGUGGAGUAUGUCCUGUGAUCGGUCGAUGUGCGAAUGUUGGAUCAAUUAAUCCAAAAACUUGUGAAUAUUUAACAGACUGGAUGGGAUAAAACAUAUUUGUAUCGUUUUUCUGUUUGGAAUAAAAUUAUUUUUACUGUUUUUAAA